CCUCUGCUUUAAGGUUCCACAAACUCUAGGAUCUUCUGGAAGUGUCAAGGAUGCUGAAGACUCAUAGAAAUCCCAAGGACAUCUUUGUUUCUUCCUCUCCUUGAGUUUCUUUUUCAAUGCAUCUUAAGGUCACACAGGGAGUGAAAAGCAAAAGACCUGCAACAACUUUUACUGCUCCAAGCUGCGCUCCCCGUAACCAUGGAAACGAGACCAGGGACCAGAGCUGGGCCUGGGGCACAGCGGGGCGUGCUGCUUGCAAGAACAGCGGAGGCCUUCCUUGUGCUCCCGUGGCGCCAGCGUGCGCGGGUUGGAGCCAAGUCGCCCGCCACCCCGCGGCCACCAGCGGUGCCGCCUCUGCCUCCUCGGGGCUCGGCCCCGCCCCGCGCCCCUGAACCCUGCCGAGGGCCCCGGGCGUGUCGCAGAGCUGACCGCGAGACCCCCGGAGGCGGACGGCGAGGCAUGGCGACGCGGGCCCGCGGCUUCUCGCUGCUCCGGGGCCGUCUGGGCCGAGGGCCUGUGCGAGUCCCGGGCGUCGCUGAGCGCGCGUGGCGGGGCUUCGGGAGCAGCGGCCGGAGACAUGAAGCCAUUAUCAUCUCAGGAACUGACAUGGCCAAACAGAUCCAGAGGGAGAUACAGCAAGGAGUGGAAUCAUGGAUCGCUCUCGGGAACAGGAGGCCCCAUCUGAGUAUCAUUUUAGUGGGAGAUAACCCAGCAAGCCACACCUACGUCAGGAAUAAGAUAAAAGCUGCUUCUGCUGUAGGUAUCUGCAGUGAGCUCAUCACAAAGCCCAGGAAUGUUUCUCAGGAGGAACUGUUGGACAUCACUGAUCAGCUGAACAUGGAUCCAAGAGUCAGCGGUAUAUUAGUUCAGCUACCACUCCCAGACCACGUAGAUGAGAGAACAAUAUGCAAUGGGAUUGCUCCAGAAAAGGACGUUGAUGGAUUUCACAUUAUCAAUAUUGGACGACUGUGCCUUGACCAGCAUUCACUGAUCCCUGCCACUGCCAGUGCCGUUUGGGAAAUCAUCAAAAGAACAGGAAUCGAAACAUUUGGGAAAAAUGUGGUUGUGGCGGGAAGAUCCAAGAAUGUGGGCAUGCCGAUCGCCAUGUUGCUGCACACGGAUGGAGAGCACGAGCGUCCUGGAGGCGACGCAACGGUGACGAUAGCGCAUAGAUACACCCCCAGAGAACAACUGAAGGCCCACACUCAGCUAGCAGACAUCAUCAUAGUAGCUGCGGGUAUUCCCAGGUUGAUUACAGCUGACAUGGUCAGAGAAGGUGCGGCAGUAAUUGAUGUGGGCAUCAACUAUAUACAAGAUCCUGUGACGGGAAAGACCAAGUUAGUUGGAGAUGUAGACUUUGAAGCUGUUAAGAAGAAAGCCAGCUUCAUCACUCCAGUCCCAGGAGGUGUGGGACCCAUGACCGUGGCCAUGCUUCUUAAGAACACACUUUUAGCUGCAAAGAAUAUCACCUGCUAGAUCACAGCGGGGAGUACACAAAACGAAGAAUAUUGCCUGUUAGAUCCCAGCGGAGAGUACACGAAACGAAUUCUGCUGCUUACUUAUUUGACAACAGGCAAAAUCCUCUCUAUUUUCCUACAAAGCUAUUUAUUUCUACAUGUAUUUAUUUUUUCAUGAGUGGAAUCAUUCUGGACUGAUUAUUUACAUGACGUUAUGGAUUUCUUGCUAAGAGAUUUGAGUCUUAAGAAAAAAACUCGAAACAAUCCCAAUGACAAUUGUGGUAACAACUCUUUAUUUUAUGGAUAUUUGUUCAUAAUGUUAAAGCAAAUGAAGAGUUCAUAUUUAAUAUAUUUUUAACAUAACCUAAGUAUUACAUACUGUAUGUUUAAAAAAAAUGUUUUGCUAGCUCAAUGGGUGCCAUGUAAACUGUCACUUAAGUUUUAACUAUGAUUUUCUAUACAGUCUAUACUCUAGGUUCUUUGCCAAAAUUUAAGCAAUGGAAGCGAUUCCAAGUAGCAAAGGCUGCAACAACACUUGAAACUCUAAGAAUGCUUACUUUGUGUAAUGUAAGGCCACCCGCGUUAGACUCCCACACCAUUCAGUUCAGUUCACUGAUGAUGUUAGCAAACUCGCCAAACAAAUGAAUGGACAAAGUCAAACUAAAGCAUUUCCCCACAAACAUCAACCAAAUACAAUUCAGAUAUAGCACGAGUGAAUCUGUCAUUAAGUAACUGUGAUGUAUUUAUUCAUGGGAGCAGAAAUCUGAUAGAAUUAUAAGGCAGUAAUUUCGUUAAAACUGAACCCUUGGAUAUAACGAAUAGCUAGUUCUUGUAUACACACACACACACACAUCUUCUCCUUCCUAGGAUAGCAUCUGAUUCCUAACACAGAUGCUGGGUUUCUAAUGCAAUUUCAAAUUGGGAAAUGUGUGUGACCAUUAUUUGAAGAUUAUUUAACAACUAGAGCCAUGUAAUUGUACUGCAGUUUCACUUCCAAAUCCCAGUUUGUUUGUGUACUAAUAAUGAUCCUUGUUCAAUGCACGUCUUUAUCAGUGUGCCUCUUGUGUGGAAAUAGACUAGCUGUUUAUCACUAAUAUCUCAA